AUCAAUCAAGUUACCUGGUUGUCAAGAGAGAACGUGACAUCUAUACGUGUACAGGUAAAUCCCGGUAGAUAUAUAGUAUACGUUAUACCUGGUGUAUUUGAGUGUAUAUACCAUAGGGAAAUACUAUCAAUAUAUCACAGUGAGACCAUACGGUAGUGUGGUAUAUUAGAGGUGGGAUAUUAAAACACAGAUAAAGAGUCAUGGUCACCUUUAGAUAUUUCAUCCUGGUCGUCGCAAUAUUUGGUUACUGUCACGCCCACUCCAACCAUGCCCAUACACCGCCCCCUGCCGGUACACCAACACCAAACAGUUUUCACGAUAAAAACAUGGUGCACAAUGAACAACAUUUAAAAGAACACAUGCAGAAUGAAGUAAAUACAGAUAAACAAAUGACACCGGAAGAAAUGGAGUUUAACUACUUCCGAUUACACGACACAAAUCAAGAUAGUCAUUUAGAUGGUCUAGAAAUCCUCGCUGCACUUUCCCACAUGUUGCCACCACCAGAAUUAACACCUCAAGAAGCUAGCGGUAAAAAAAAGGAAGAAAUAGACGCCAUUAUGCAAGCUAGACAGGAAGCCAUGUUUAAUAAUUAUGUUCAAAUCAUUGAUAAAGUUUUAAUGGAGGACGACAAAGAUCAAAAUGGCUACCUUAGUUACGCCGAAUAUCAACUAGCCAGAAGACGAGAUGAACAGAGAAUGAGAGAAGCACAAAAGAACAUGACGCCAGAACAGGUUAUGCAACAACAGCAAAUGAUGCAGCAACAAAUGCAGCAACAACAACAGAUGAUACAACAACAACAGCAACAAAUGAUGAUGAUGCAGCAGCAGCAAGAACAACAACAACAGCAACAGCAACAAGGUCAAGGUCAAGGGUCAGUGGUGAAUAUGAACCAACCAGGUGUCGUACAGCCACCACAAAACUAAACAAUAAAGGACAGGGAUGAGGGGAGGGGUGGGGCUUGAAUAAACCUUACACAUACGGUGAAAUAGAAAUGUAGAUACGGGUUUAAAAGGUGGGGGGGGGGGUGAAAAACCAAUCCAAUUUUAUGAAUUUUACAAAAUAGAGAAACAACAACGAUCAUGGAUUGUGUUUUGACGAUGUAGAAGGUAAAGUUUAAAGGUUGCUAUGGAAUUCAUAAAGGGAUCACUAGAUGUCCAGUCAAGAUGUGGUUAAAAUUAAAAACAUUGCCCUGACAAGUAAAUUCCAUAAUCUUAUUAUACUUAGAAUUAUUAAUGAUUAUAGAGGCUAUUAAAGUUCCCCGAGGGUGAAUUGAGCGAUAUAGGAAUACCAGGCCUUGCCAACUACUAUGUUUAAAUGUCGAAUCUCUAAUAUGGUUUCAUUCCGUUCAGGACCCUGUUCCUCGAAAUCUUAACUAAAGAUAAAAUUCAAAUUUUAGUAGAUACUUCAAUUUUGAUUGGUUAAGCAAUAAAAUCAAUCUAUUAUUAUCCAAUCAAAUGACUAAAAUUUGGAUUUUUAUCUUAGUUAAAAUUUCGUGAAACAGGCCCCAGGAUUUACAAUGAUGUGGCGAAUUGAUAUUUCAUCCAUCUUUACUACUCCCUAUGUGAACAAGACCACCGACAUGCUUAUAAUUCGCGAAUUCUAAUAGAUUGGUCUGUUUUUAAUUUGUUGUUCUACAAACAAGUAUGGCGGUUGUUUUAGGCGUUACCUUUUUUUUUAUUUAAUUAUUUCUGUAGUUUUGUAAUCGGAGUUCAGCUUUAAACAUACAUUAUGCAAGAGCUAAAUUUGCCUAUUGAAAGUCUUUCCUUAUGCCUUGAAUGUUAUCUAAAUUAUUAAUUGGACAUUGAUUAACAUAUCCAAACCAUAAUCAACUCUCGAUGGCAUCGCUAGCCUGCGAUAUUUACUGGACUAGGAUCCGAUCUGCUGCUCAACGCUCAUUCAUGAUUAAACCAAGAAAUGGAUAAUCGGGACUGUAUCUUUAAUCGUAGGGACUUUAGUAAUGAUGUUCGAGGCUAGGUCGAAAAUUCAAUCGCUAAAUUCUCGGUUCAGAGUGGAUCAAUUUGACUGAACUUUUCAGCAAAUACCCUUUACAUUAUCUAGUGUUUAACUAUUAUAGUGAGAACUACCAGCUCUUUAUCGAAUCUCCCAUAAUGUAUGUAUAAUAGAACUAUUAAAGUGAGAACUGCCAGCUCUUCAUCUAUAAUGUAUCUUUAAUUGAAUGUCAACUAAUCAAUAGGAGUACAGAUUAGCGUGGAUAAAACCUUGAGAAAUUAAUGUUUAUUGUUAUCAUAUUAUGUUCUGUCUAUAUUAAACGUCAUUUGUAAUUAAAUUCAUUGGCAUAAGUUUUAUUUAAUAAUAAAAAUUGUAAAAAUCCAA